GCUUGUCAGUAAUCAGAUUGGAAGAGAGGGACAGGACGUGUCCCUGUGUAUGCGUGCGUUUCCCAGCAAAAGGGGAGGAGAGAGCGCCAGAAGGACAGCCAGACUUUGUCUGCAUCAUCUGCAUAUGUGUCUUUGUGUGUGUGCUGAGGGAGGAGGGAGUGGUGUAUCCUAGCAGAGAGCUUUUCCCUGUUGUAGUAACCCGCCGCAUGCUGACUGCCAGCCAUUACUUCACUGCAGCAGCAAUCAGCCCCUCCGUAGUUAGUGAGCCAGACAUACUAACCUGUCUGUCCCCUCCUCUCUCUCUCACUCUCUCACUCCCCCCCCCCCAAACCCUUCUCUGCUGCGUGCUCAGCAGAGCUGCCCUCUCCUCCUCUUCUCUCAUCACUCCUGCGGCGUUGCUCUCUGCUUCAAGGGGACACCGGCCUGCACCUCACCCACUGAUUCUGCAUGACUGUCACAAAGAUGUCAUGGCGCCCGACCUACCGAAGCUCCAAGUUUCGAAAUGUCUAUGGAAAGGUCGGCAGCCGGGAGCACUGCUUCGACGGGAUUCCCAUCACUAAGAAUGUGCAUGACAACCACUUCUGUGCCGUCAACGCCAAGUAUCUGGCCAUUGUCACCGAGAGCUCCGGUGGGGGCUCCUUCGUCGUUGUACCCGUAUCUCAGACUGGUCGCAUAGACCCUCACCACCCUAAAGUCUGCGGCCAUCAGGGAAACGUGUUGGAUAUCAAGUGGAAUCCGUUCUUUGAAAACAUCAUUGCAUCCUGCUCUGAAGACACCUCGGUACGAGUAUGGGAGAUCCCGGAGGGAGGUCUGAGACGGAGCAUGACGGAGGCUGUGUUGGAGCUUUAUGGCCACAGCCGGCGCGUGGGUCUUAUUGAGUGGCACCCAACCAGCAGCGGCAUCCUCUUCAGUGCUGGCUACGACUAUAAGAUCCUGAUCUGGAACCUGGAGAUUGGUGAGCCAGUGAAAAUGAUCGACUGCCACACUGACGUCAUCCUCAACAUGUCCUUCAACACGGAUGGCAGUCUGCUGGCUACCAGCUGUAAAGAUAAGAAGCUGCGUAUCAUCGAGCCACGCUCCGGCAGAGUCCUGCAGCAUGCUAACUGUAAGAACCACCGUGUGAACAGAGUGGUGUUCUUGGGCAACAUGAAGCGACUGUUGACCACCGGGUUUUCUCGCUGGAACACCCGGCAGAUCGCUCUCUGGGACCAGGAGGACUUAUCAAUGCCAAUCGUUGAGGAGGAAAUAGAUGGCCUUUCAGGAUUGCUGUUCCCAUUCUACGAUGCCGACACACACAUGUUGUAUCUGGCAGGCAAGGGAGAUGGCAACAUCCGGUACUUUGAGAUCACUGCAGAAAAGCCCUACAUGCAGUACCUAAUGGAGUUCAGGUCCCCUGCCCCACAGAGAGGACUUGGUGUGAUGCCAAAGCAUGGGCUGGAUGUGGCAGCCUGCGAAGUGUUUCGCUUCUACAAACUGGUCACCCUCAAGGGCUUGAUCGAGCCCAUUUCUAUGAUUGUGCCAAGGAGGUCAGAUACAUACCAGGAAGACAUCUAUCCAAUGACCGCAGGAACAGAACCUGCUUUGACAGCCAGUGAAUGGCUGAGUGGCAUUAACAGAGACCCAGUGUUGAUGUCUCUGAAGGAUGGCUACCACCGGCCAAACCAGUUAGUGUUCAAGGCCCCAGCCAAGGAGAAGAAGAGUGUGGUGGUUAAUGGCAUUGACUUACUGGAGAAUGUACCACCCAGGACAGAGAAUGAGCUCCUGCGGAUGUUCUUCCGGCAGCAAGACGAGCUGCGGCGACUGAAGGAGGAGCUGACAACCAAGGACGUGCGAAUACGCCAGCUGGAGCUGGAGCUGAACAACCUGAAGAACGUUAGCCCCAACAACGUUUGACCCUUUGCCCCUCUGGACCGGCCAAAUACCUCCCUUUGCCCCAGAUUCUGACCUCCGUCAAGCUUCCUUACGCCUUUUCUUCCUGCACAGUAUAUCUCAUUAACAUUUCCUCAUUACCCGAGAUGGUAUGAACAUAUUAUAACUGAUGGAUAAUGUUAAAGGUGGUACAAUUACUGAAAUAUUAUACUAAUGCUAAUUAUCUAAAGUAGUAAAGGUAAGGCGGUUGUGGAUUGCCACGUUAAUUUCACACUGAUGCUAUCAAGCUUGUGAUCCAACCAAUAUUGGGAUUAUGCUUUUACGAAGUGAUGUUCAUAUAUGCGUUAUGCUGUCCUGUUUGAGGUUGAAUUCAUAUUGCUUUGUCUGCUCUGAUGCAGGCAGACCUCCUCAGAUAUUGUCCUCAACCUCAAUCAUCAUUGCCAACCUUACUGUCCAUAUGGCUGAGCCUUGGGCAUCAGCCCUCAAAGCACCCAACAUGCCCAUACACUUCCACCAAACCCCUCUUUUUUGUUUUUGUCUCCUCAUUUGGUAAAAUUUGGGGGGGAAAGGACUGUUUGGCUCCCUGUUUCAUUCCUCAAGGCCUUAGACCAACUCACAGCCAGCUGCAGUUGCAUCUCAUUCUAGGAAAUGGCUGACACAUGAAGUAGUUUCACUCAUGGCGGAUGAGCAAGAGCUCCUGAAUUUUGCAGUUUUAUCGGAGAGCUGCUUUUCUUUCGUUGUAUUUUCUCUCUUCCGAACACUCCCGCCUAUCAAACAGUCCGUGACACUUGCAGAGACAUCAACCUAAAUGUAGUCUUAAAGAGUAGUUUGUUAGACCAUUGUCGUUCUGUUCCUUGGGGGGUUAUGGAUUUUAUUUAUUUGUCACAUCUUACCGUUUCAGCUAAUAACACAUGUAUAUUUUGUUCAUCUCAAUGUCUUUCAGUGAUGUGGGUGCACACAUGAUUUCUGUGAUGCUUAGUAGGUUUUCCUCAAUGAAGUUUCCCACUGAGAUGAUGAAAAACUAGGUAAACCUGUACCUUGUUUUGUAUAUAUAAUUGUCUUGACAGCAUCAAAAUAACUCUAAAUAGGGUAUGUUAAUAUAUUCUAGCCGAUGCCUAACAGUACAGCAUACUAAAAUACUAACCAUCCUUUUCGGUUUCACAUCUCCCAAGAAAACUGCAGCCAUUGUUUUAUUAUUUUUACAUUGUGGACAUUUAUUUUUAUUGUGGACAAUAGCCUUCUGUCAUUCAUAUACACUGGUAUCACUGGUAUGAGCUCACCUGAGUCAAACUGCAAUUGAAAUACCUCCACUUUUUCUAUCAGUGUUUCUUUCCUCGAGUCUGAAUUUUCAAAAAAUUGGGGACCGGAUUAAAAUGUUGGUUGUGAUAGGCCAGCCACGUUCAGCCAAUCACCAAACAGCACCUGAGCAGAUGUCAUGUGUCAUUUUUAAUCCGGGCCCCAUUUCACAGUCAGCGUUCUCACUAAGCUCACCUGCAAUGAUGCCCUGAGACAAGGGAACAAGUGUCUCUCCUGUGUACAAUCAUGAUGAAAUCUGUGUCCCAACAAUGUAAAGACUCAUGUCAGUUAAUCACAUCGUGCAACGGACACAAUGCUGCAGCCCGAGUUAAACGCAGGUCAAGCAUGUGGCGUAUCCCACAAAUCUCAGAAACGACCAAUACACAUUUCCUGCAGGGAAAUUCAAAAGGUUGUAGUGAAAGUGUUGAUGGGAAGUGGUGAUGGUGUUGGUGGCAGAUGCCCUUACACAGUGGAAGUACAAGCAUUGUUUUGGGGGAAGAAAAAAAAAGGGUUUGAAUUGUGCUGUCAAGACCUCACUUCACAAUGAUCUCAAUUCUGUUAACGCCAAAUGAUUUGCCAUUUUUUGUACAUUAGACAUUUUUAGUAUCUUAUAUUUUUGUGGUGAAGCUGCAUUUCUUUACAGACUGAUGUUGACACAGAAAAUGGCUAGGCAUUGAAUUGGUAAUGAGUGGCUUUGUGGGAAACAAGCAGUAAAGCCCAAUCUGGAUUCAGUGUUUUCAGACUGUUUAGUAUUGGGUGAUUGAUCCCAUCUUAAUAUCCUGUAAGACGUCAUACCUCCUAAAUCAAGAGGUAACCAAAUCCACGGCGGAAAACAUCCUUGGCGUGGUUUCCCAUCUGAGUGCUGGAGAAGAACCUUGAGAGACAGAAAUCUUGUGAUACGAUAAAUCUGUGUGAAUUAAAAGCAGGAGGAGGCCGAACUGCGGCCAUCAAGGGCAA